ACUUGUACAAUGCCAGGAAUCUAUGCAAUGUCUGCACUAUUCAUACUCAGCUCUGGGGAUUAGUGAGCAGGCAUGGCAGAGGUGUGCUGCACAGAACUGUGAGCCUGCCAUAAUGACAUACACCGCUGCAGUGGGCCCAGCAUCCUGGGAACUUUGUGUUACAGUUGAUCAGCAGAAUGAGGCAGAGAACCAAGAUGUCAGUGUGCAAGUGUCAGGCGACCUUCAUAUUGGAGGAGUAAUGUUUAAACUUGCAGAACAAAUUGGUAUUGCUAGGGACUGGUCAGACUAUGCCCUUUGGUGGGAGCAAAAGAACACCUGGCUGCUGAAGACACAUUGGACUCUGGAUAAAUAUGGAGUACAAGCCAAUGCAAAGCUUUUUUUUACCCCUCAACACAAGAGCAUGCGGCUCCGAUUGCCAAAUAUGAAAACGGUGCGGCUAAAAGUUAGUUUUUCAGCACUGGUCUUCAAAGCUGUUGUUGAAAUCUGCAGGACACUAAAUAUCAGGCAUCCUGAAGAACUUUCAUUACUGAAGCCUCUAGAAGAUUCUGUAAAGAAGAAAAAGAAAAAAGACGCAAAGGAACCAAUUUUAGAAGAAAUUAUCAACUUGGACAGUUCACACAGCAGCUCUGGAUCAUUAGCUAGCCCCGGUUUAUAUAGUAAGACAAUGACACCCAUGUAUGAUCCCGUCAAUGGUACUCCAGCCUCUGCCACAAUUACAUGGUUCACUGACAGUCCACUGGCAGAACAAAACUGCAACAUCUUAGCACUCAGCCAGCCAAUCUUCUCUCCAGAAAUCCUUACACAAAUGUAUCAGCCCAGGACCACGGUGGAUAAAGCAAAGCUUAAUUCGGGAUGGCUGGACUCAUCCAGAUCUCUCAUGGAACAAAAGAUCCAAGAAAAUGAUCUACUUUUUCUCAAAUUUAAGUACUACUCCUUCUAUGAUCUAAAUCCAAAGUAUGAUGCUGUUCGUAUCAACCAGCUGUUUGAACAAGCGCGAUGGGCUAUUUUACUAGGAGAAAUUGAUUGUACAGAGGAGGAGAUGCUCAUGUUUGCAGCACUACAGUAUCACAUAAGCAAGUUAUCAGUAUCAAAUGAGUCAUGUGAAUUAGCCACAGAUGGGGAAACAGAUGAAAUAGAAGCUGCACUUUCAAACUUAGAGGUUGCAAUGGAAGGAGGAAAGUCCAACAAAAUAUUGGAGGAUAUCACAGACAUACCCAAACUUGCUGAUAACCUAAAACUCUUUAGACCGAAAAAAUUAACUUUGAAAGCUUACAAGCAAUAUUGGUUUGUUUUUAAAGAUACCUCAAUAUCGUAUUUUAAAAAUAAAGACGCUGGCCACGGAGAACCAAUUGAAAAGUUAAAUCUCCGAGGUUGUGAAGUUGUUCCGGAUGUCAAUGUAUCACAGAGAAGGUUUGGAAUAAAAUUGCUCAUACCAUUUGCAGAAGGCAUGAAUGAAAUAUAUUUAAGAUGUGACAAUGAAAGUCAAUAUGCCAAGUGGAUGGCUGCGUGCGUACUUGCUGGAAAAGGAAAGACAAUGGCAGACAGCUCUUAUCGGUCUGAAGUACAGAACAUCCUCUCAUUUCUGAAGAUGAAAGACAUGAACACUACAGCACAAGUACCUACUAACAUUGAAAAUGCGGACAUUAAACCAGAGUGUUAUGUGUCACCAAAAUAUGUAAAGAAGUACAAAACAAAGCAGUUAGUAUCUCGCAUUCUGGAGGCACAACAGAAUAUUUCCCAGAUGCCUCUCAUAGAAGCCAAAAUGAGGUUCAUUCAGGCCUGGCAGUCUUUGCCAGAGUUUGGCAUGGCCUACUACAUUGUCAGAUUUAGGGAUCUGAAGAAAGAUGAAGUACUCGGAGUUUCCUACAACAGACUUAUCAGAAUAGAUAUGACAACUGGAGACCCAAUUUCCACCUGGAGAUUUUCCAAUAUGAAACAAUGGAAUGUUAACUGGGAAAUACAGCAGGUUGCCAUUGACUUUGAUCCUAAUAUAUCUAUAGCCUUUACAUGUCAAAGUGCAAGUUGCAAAGUGGUCCAUGAGUACAUAGGAGGUUACAUCUUCCUCUCAACUCGCUCCAGAGACCAGAAUGAAACCUUGGAUGAAGAACUUUUCCAUAAACUUACUGGAGGCCAGAACUGAAA